UAUCCUGCUUUGAAUUUGCAGGCGUGUAUGGCGGAUCCGAAAAGAAUCGCCCCGGGAGGAAGUUCGCCGACGGUGCCAUAACGGCGACGGCCACCGUCGAGGCUUCCACCCUCGUGUCGUAACUGGACCGCGAAGGCCGUGCCUCCAGCCCGGCGUCCCAGUUCCACACACGACGCUCGCCCCGAGACCAUAUUAACGGUAUUAAGCUCAAUAUAGACGCAGUUGCGGCUAAUCGCGCGGGGGAAUACCGCCGAGUUUUCCCUUAAAGCGGCCAACUUUCGCGUCGGAAACUGAAUGCACUCUCGAUGCUACUCGCGAGGACGAGCGAGAGAGCGCCGAUAAGUGAUAUCGCGUUCAGACUGAGCUGAUCACUCUUGCCAUCUCCUCCGGGUCUCCCGAUCGAGGCUCUCGGUUCUUCGGAGGACGCCCGACUCGCUCGCGAUCAUGGUACCCGGCCGUCUUGUCGCCGAGAUUUGUACGCUGUGCGUCCUAACGGCGACUUUUACGGCCCACGGGGCGGAAGACAAACAGGGACCGGCCCGAUCGAGGCCGGUGAAUCUUUUUAUAAUUAAUGGUGCGAAGAACGAAGCGGGGAACGCGAGCGUGACCAGCGCUUUGAAGGCUCUGGGGGAGAAGUAUCCGGGUCACCUGGGCAAUGUGUGGUCCGUACAGAUCAACGAGAGCGAUUCCAGCGAGAGCCUCGAGAUUAUAUGCAACACCUGGAGCUCGGCUAUCAGCAAAGGCGGCGCGACCGUCCCGGAUCUGAUCCUGGACCUGACGAUGGCCAACCGGGGCGCCGAAGCUUCGAGCUCGUUCACGGCGGCCAUGGGGGUCCCGACCUUGUCCGCCCAGUUCGGCCAGGAGGGCGAUAUUCGCUACUGGAGGGACCUAAACCUCGAUCAAAACAACUAUUUGAUCCAGGUAAUGACACCGAGUGACCUCGUGCCCGAGGCGAUCCGUCAAUUGGCGAUCCAAAUGAACAUCACCAACGCCGGCAUCCUCUACGACAAGAACUUCGUCCUGAACCACAAGUACAAGAGUCUGCUGCUGAACGUGCCAACCAGACACGUCAUCAACGGAAUACAGAAUACGAUCGACAACGUGAAGGACCAGUUGGCAAAGUUGCGGGACUUGGACGUGGUAAACUAUUUCCUACUCGGCGAUGGAGAUUCCGUCAGCCUGCUGUUAGACGCAGGGCAAUCGUUGAGCUUCACCGGGCGCAAGUACGGCUGGUUCAUUCUGACCCUGGAUGAAGAAUCGUGGCCGAACUGCGCGUGCGAGGGCAUCAGCGUUUUAUUCCUAAAGCCGGAACCGCCGACGACGAGCGACGAGAAGAGUCAAGCGGAAUCUGUUAUAAAGGCGACGCUCCAGAAGCCACUUAUCACAUCCGCCUUUUAUUACGAUCUGACCCUGUUGGGCGUCAGGGCGAUGAAGUCGGCCUUGGACAGCGGCGACUGGCCCUUGGAACCCCGUCACAUCGACUGCGACAGGUACGACGAGACGAACACGCCGACGAGAGGCCUGGAUUUCCUGGCUAAACUGAUGGCAGCCUCGAAAAAUAUGACGCCGACGUACGCCGGUAUUAGCUGGGGCAAAAAAAACGGGGAGCACCACGCGGACUUUAAGAUGUCCGUGUAUCUGGUGAACAUCGAGCGGGAAAAGACUACGUUGAAGGAGGAGAGCGGAACAUGGCAGGCGGGCAUCGAGGUGCCCUUGCAGGUCACCAACGAGAAGAUCAUGAACAACACCGCGAUGACGAGUUACAGGGUGGUCGCCGUGCAGCAACCGCCCUUCAUGAUGUACAAUAAUAAAACCGGUCAGUGGUACGGUUUCUGCAUCGAUCUGCUGGACGCGAUUCGCGAGACUGUGCCGUUCGAGUACGAAAUACGCGAGGUGGAGGACCACGAGUACGGCUCGUUGAACGAGAACGGCAGCUGGAACGGAAUGAUGAGGGAGCUGAUAGACAAACGCGCCGACAUCGCCCUGAGCUCGCUCUGGGUCAUGGCGGAGCGAGAGAAAGUCGUGGACUUCACGGUACCCUAUUACGACCUGGUCGGCCUGACGAUCAUGAUGCAGAAGACGAAGACGUCGACGUCGCUCUUUAAGUUUCUCACGGUGCUGGAGAACGAGGUCUGGCUCUGCAUCUUGGCGGCGUACUUCUUCACCAGCUUCCUCAUGUGGCUGUUUGACCGUUGGUCGCCGUACAGCUACCAGAACAAUCGCGACAAGUACAAGGACGACGAUGAGAAGAGGGAGUUCAAUCUCAGGGAGUGCUUCUGGUUCUGCAUGACCUCCUUGACCCCCCAGGGCGGAGGCGAGGCGCCGAAAAACUUGUCCGGGAGAUUGGUGGCGGCUACGUGGUGGCUCUUCGGGUUCAUCAUCAUCGCGUCUUACACAGCUAAUUUGGCUGCUUUCCUCACGGUGUCCAGGCUGGAGAUACCUAUUGAGACCUUGGAGGAUCUGAGCAAGCAGUACAAAAUACAAUACGCGCCUAUCGCCAACUCACCGGCGUACGUCUACUUCCAGAGAAUGGCGGACAUCGAGACGCGCUUUUACGAAAUUUGGAAAGAUAUGAGUCUGAACGACAGCCUGUCGGACAUAGAAAGGGCGAAGCUAGCCGUCUGGGAUUAUCCUGUUAGCGACAAGUAUACAAAAAUGUUUCAAGCCAUGAAAGAAGCUGGCUUUCCCGCCGACAUGGACGAAGCGUUAAAGCGAAUUCGACGGAAGGAUCAGUACGCGAAUAAUGAAUUCGCUUUCAUCGGAGACGCUUCAACUGUCAAGUACCAUGUUAUGAUAAAUUGCGAUCUGACUCAAGUCGGAGAGGAAUUUUCGAGGAAACCGUACGCUAUCGCCGUCCAACAAGGGUCAGCGCUGAAGGAUCAAUUUAACAACGCGAUUCUCAUACUGUUGAACAAGAGAAGAUUGGAGAAAUUGAAGGACAAGUGGUGGAAGCAUAAUCCCGUGCGAAAGAAUUGCGAUCUAGAAAACGAUCAGAGCGAUGGUAUCAGUAUUCACAAUAUCGGCGGUGUAUUCCUCGUAAUUUUUGUGGGCAUCAUCUUCGCUUGCUUCACGUUAGCCUUCGAGUAUUGGUAUUAUCGGCACCGUGCGAGAGUCAGCGAGCUACAUCAGACUACGCCUCCGAAAACGAAACUGGCGAAGGCAAUCAAGUCGAUACGGUUUGACUUGCAUCCUGCCCCUACACAUGGGUUUCAAACAAUCUCGCAAUUUCGAUCGAGAUUUUAAGUCGAAACAUUCCGGGAGGAUUCAUUUAUGGAUAUAGUGAAUGAGUAUGAAGCUGUCGCACAAAGGGAUAAAAGCGUUUUUAGACGACGAGUGUCAAUUUUGUAUAUUAAUGAGAUAUUAGAUAAAAUUCAUGAAGAUUCAUGAAUUUUUAUAUCGGUGUGACGCACGGUAAAGCGAUUGUCAUAAAAUACAGUACCAUUUUCAUAGGAUUCAUUUGCAUGUUUUUAGCAUACAUAUAUUCUGCGAUAAACGUUUGUGGUUUUAGAUAACUUUAAAGGAAGGUGUAAUUGCGGAAUUCUUGUACACAGGGAGAGAGACAGAGAUAAAUAAAUGCGUAGAAGUGUGGAGGAUUUAAAACCGACGUAUAAUUCUUUUUCUUUGCAAUGCCUUUAUUUACCCUUUCCGUACAUUAUUUCGCGGAAAGACAAAGAGCGCCUUUUUUUCUUUUUACAAUGCAUAUGUUUCCUUUCACAUUAUUUCCUAAAGACAGAGUGGUUUAUAAGUGACACAUUCCUUCGACGCAUUAACAUCACUCAACAUCCGUUUCAAAGGCAUCUGCAUGCUAGAGUAACAUUUUUUGUAUUUUUUUUCGCAUACCUAUCGCAGGUAAGCACGUGUUUUCAAAUGACACGCGUUCUUUUACACGUAUGUUCUCAGUUAUUCGAUUUCCUUAGGGUGAGCACAGGGAAAGCAAUGGAUACAAGGAAAUUUGGAAGGUGGGAGAAGGACAGGAUUGGAGAGGGGAUUAAUCUUCUAGGGAGUUAAAUCAUAAUUAUAGGGGAAUACGAUUACGAUAAUCCAUUAAUAAUUACGAAAACAACAAGAAAAUAGAACAGCUCUUUAAUUAAAUACCCGAUUUGCAAUCGUGCGGCGUUCAACGUAAGUACUCAACUGGUCCUUUCAAAUUUUUUUCUAAUUAAUAACUUUCGUCCUUUUUCUUUUCAAUUAUCAAUAUCAGAUAAGUCUACCUAUCUGUACUUUCAGCCUGCACGUCGGGUGAGAAACAAAAUUGCUUGUUACAAUUUUCUACAAAAAUCAGCGUACUAAGCGCUCUCCUCCAAAAAAAAA